AUGCCUAUUGGAUCAGAUACCUUUGCGGACCUAGCUCCUGAGGUGACUUGGCUAAAGGAUGGGCUUUCUUUACCCAGAAAGGCCAUAACAACCACCAAACGGGGCCACACUCAACUGGUGAUUCCAGCAGCUGAAUUUUCAGACAGUGGGAUCUACUCCAUUUUGCUCCAAAAUGAGUUGGGGAAAUGAGAAUCGUUCAGCUUCCAGAUCCAAGUCACAGAUAUCCCAGAGUCGCCUGGUCCUAUUCAGUUACAAGAGAAUGUCCCCAAUACAGUUACAAUAACAUGGGAGCCCUCACCAACUGAGAAGCGGGAAAGUAACCUCUACUAUACGGUCAUAAAAUGUGACUCCAGAAAUGGCCGCUGGCAAGUGGUGGGUGACCUGAUCUACACUAACAAGUUUACCCUCACCAAAGUCAUCCCAGGCUUGAAGUAUUACUUCAGGGUUGUGGCAAAAAAUUACAUGGGAUCCAGUGAUCCACCUGAAACUGUGCAGCCCUGGAGCAUUCAAAAGGAAAAAGCUGAAUUCAGAGUUCGACUACCGAAGUACAGGGGUGUGAAUCAAAAUCAGCCUCCAAGAUUCCUUGUGCAGCUGAAGCCCCAUGUGGUAACCACUGGAUUUGAUUGUCGUACGAGCUGUGCAGUAACUGGCCACUCCAAGCCAAAGGUCACAUGGUAUAAAGAUGGCAAAAACCUCUUGGAGGACCCCACUUUCUUCAGCAAAAAUGACUUCGGUGUUUGCUGCCUGGUGAUCUUAGGUGUCACAACAAAAGAUGAAGGAGAAUAUGAGGUGCUGGCCACCAAUGAAUUGGGUUGUGCCAUCAGCAAAACCUUCCUCGUUGUAAGAG